UUCUUCUUCUUCGUCGUCUUCCUCUACUUCCAUCUCCUUUUUUCCCUUGCUUCGUUGCAGUCAUUCAUUCAUUCAUUCCAAAGAGCGGUGGGGAAUCAACAUCCACUCUUGACAGCGCCCUAGCGUCGAUCAAUCACUAAUUACUCCUCGCUGCCUCCACCGACUCUGUCACAAUGGCGGAGUCAGAAUGGUCUCCUAGCUCUUGGGCCUCGAAACCCAUCAAGCAGGAUGUCGUUUAUGACGAUGCGGCGGGCGUACAAGCCGCACUGGCGAAGCUGCAGAAACUCCCGCCGUUGGUCACGACUCAAGAGGUGAAUGAUCUAAAAAAGAGCUUGAAGAAUGUUGCAUUGGGAAAGGCCUUUGUACUCCAGGGUGGUGACUGCGCGGAGCUGUUCGAUUACUGCAAUAUGGACAUGAUUGAAGCCAAGGUGAAGCUGCUUCUGCAGAUGAGUUUGGUUUUGAUUUGGGGAGCAAACAAGCCCGUCGUCCGUAUCGCCCGAAUUGCAGGCCAGUUCGCCAAACCCCGCUCCAGCCCAAUGGAAACCAUCGACGGCGUCGAAAUGCCCUCCUUCCGCGGCGACAACAUCAACGGCUUCGACGCCACCCCCGAGUCCCGCAAACCAGACCCCUCCCGACUGGUCUCAGCCUACUUCCACUCCGCCGCGACACUCAACUACAUGCGCGCCUCCCUCUCCUCAGGUCUCGCCGACCUGCACUCCCCUCUAGACUGGGGUCUCGGGCACGUCAUCACUCCCUCCAUCCGGGAGAAAUACACCAAAAUCGUCAAUCGCGUCAAAGACGCCCUGCGCUUUAUGCAAACCGUCGGCAUCGACACCGACCGUGGCGUCGAGACCGUCGACAUCUACACCAGUCACGAAGGCCUCCUCCUCGAAUACGAACAAAGCCUCCUCCGACACCUCAAGAACCCCGACCCUCCCACCACCUCCACACAGCCCCUCAAAUCCUACUACGCCACCUCCUCGCACUUCCUCUGGAUCGGCGACCGCACCCGCCAAAUCAACGGCGCCCACGUCGAAUUCUUCCGAGGCAUCGCCAACCCCAUCGGAAUCAAAAUCGGCCCUAGCAUGACUCCCGCUGAACUCACCUCCCUCCUGGAUAUCGUCAACCCGGCCCGCGAAAUCGGCAAAGUCACUCUCAUCUCGCGCUACGGCGCAGCAAAGAUCUCACAGUACCUCCCCGCCCAUAUCGCCGCCGUACAAGCCUCCGGACACAUCCCCGUCUGGCAGUGCGAUCCCAUGCACGGUAACACGCAGGCCACGCCGUCCGGGGUGAAGACGCGGCAUUUCAGCGAUAUCUUGUCCGAGCUGAAGCAGGCAUUGGAGAUACAUCGCGCGGCGGGAUCAUUCCUGGGCGGAAUGCAUCUGGAGUUGACAGGCGAGGCAGUGACGGAGUGUGUGGGUGGUGCUGGGGGGUUGACGGAGGAGGGAUUGAGUGAGCGGUACACGACGUUUUGUGAUCCCAGGUUGAAUGAGAAACAGGCGUUGGAGUUGGCGUUUUUGGUGGCGGGGUUUUAUAGGGAGUUGGAUGAGGAGUUGGCGGAGGAUGAAUCUAUAUAGUCAGCGCCACUUUUGGACUAAAAUGAAAGGAUAGUGAGGUUUUUAUGAUGGUAUGGAACUAAUAUAUUUCUUUCGGGUUAUUGGGAAGGAAGUUCUACCGAUUAUUCAAGGAUGUGUUAUGAGGGGAAUUGUUUCAUUGAUAGCUAGAGUAUUUGGACUACUUUGAUCCUUUCUAUCUACCACCUUUAUAGUUUGAUAUCCAU